GAUCAGAAUAACAACCCUCAGAAGACUUUCUUGAUUAACAUGACUUGCCAAUUUUGCUGGCAGCUGCCACCCUCCAGCUACCUUUGCUCCAAUCCUACCAACUGCAAGACGGUGUCGUGCCCUCGGGAGCGCUACACGGCCAAUUGCACCGUGAGAGACCACAUCCAUUGUCUAGGAAAUCGUACUUUUCCCAAGAUGCUCUAUUGCAACUGGACUGGAGGCUACAAAUGGUCAACAGCCUUGGCCUUAAGCAUCACGCUCGGCGGCUUUGGCGCAGACCGUUUCUACCUGGGACAGUGGCGGGAGGGGCUGGGCAAACUCUUCAGUUUUGGCGGCCUGGGGAUCUGGACGCUGAUAGAUGUGCUCCUGAUUGGAGUCGGGUACGUGGGUCCCACGGACGGUUCGCUCUACAUCUAAGCAUCGCAAACAGUUGGGUGGAUCACCCUGAGGAAUUCACAGUUCGGACUUGAUCUCUCUCUGGAACCACUUGCACGUCUGUUUUAAUGUACAGUAUCUGUACUCGGCCUGCCUUUAUUUUAAGGUAAAAAUAAAAUGACUUGUGGAACGCCUGGCUGGUGUAGAUUUCUUUCUGUUUGGGGGGAAUCACCUUUAUUUUAUUUUUACGAAAAAAACAAAGCCUACAGUACUAUUUCCUUGCUGCGUUGAACAAAUUUAGCACAAAGCAUUGGUGUUUUAUCAUAAUUGUGCCUACUACAAGUGUUAAGGAUGGAGUUGGCUGUUUUAAGAUUAUUUAUGAUAGAGCCAAAAUACAGCCUAUACUAGAGGCUUUGCUGAUUUCCUGGUGCGAGAAAUGAAGCAAAAAAAAUAUCUGAACAAAUAUUUAUAAUAUUUUAUACUUUUAUCUCUUGUAAGGUUUUUUUUUAAAUCGAAAUGUGAACGUGCGAUACGAUAAAUUGUAAUUUCCCAAAGAAAGAGGCUGGUUGAGACGGUUACCAGGAUGAAAUGUUUUAAUUUUAUUCAGCCAAAGAGGCAAAGUGCUCUCUACGGAUGCCGUCCCUCAAUUCAAAAGCUCCAGCUUUGGAGAAUCUUCUGCGGCUUUCUUAGAAAAACUCCAGUGAGAGAACCAAUCCAGGAAGACACAAAUCUGCUUUCCU